CAGGCUUGCGAUACUUGUAGGAAAAAGAAGAUUCGCUGUGAACCAUUUUCAGAUGUUUGCGCACAGUGUAUCAAAAGCAAGACUCCGUGCCAUUUCACCCCGAUGAGUGUGGUCAGAAGUCGAAGGCGAUUGACGAGGGAUAGGCGUGUCGAGGAACUAGAAAGGAGAUUGGCAUGGAUGGAAGGCCAAUUAAGACUACCCUUGGAGGGACGGCAGCUCCCCGAAGACUUAGCAUCCGGCACCAAUCCAAAAGCCCAAGAUAUAACGGGUCUCCAUGAAUACCAGCCCACGUACAGAACCUCCCAUGCCUUCAGUAAGAGCUUAGGAGGCUUUGAACCUCCGGAGAUCGAGGAAUCUGCCCCUGUUUCUCAAACAUCAAAUAUCACUACGCCAUCCCAACAAAAGCUGCCUUCAAAAGAGAAGGCUUUACACCUCAUCACUAUUUAUUUUCAAGGAGUCAACGCUGUGCAUCCUAUCUUCGACCAAAAUACUUUCAUGUCGAAAUUCGACUCUGCAUACGGUCUAGACUGCAGUAACGGUGACCCAGGAUGGUGGGCAGCUCUGAACGUCGUGCUCGCACUUGCGUACCAAUACUGGGACGUGCCGGUUCCAGACUCCAAAGAAGACCUUGAAGCUUGGGGCUACUUUCAAAAUGCCCUUGCUGCUACUAAUCAGCUCAUGACAAAACACUAUACCCUCGCAUCUGUGCAAGCACUGCUGGGAAUGGCAAUGAUGAUGAUGGCCAUACCACAUCAGAGGCCUAGCACUUUAUUGACUUCAUCAGCCAUCAAAAUAGCGCAUAACUUAGGGUUACACAGGCAAUACCAGUCUCCUGUGCUGAGUGCCAUUGAAAGUGCAGAACGUAUACGAGUCUUUUGGGUGGCUUACUCUCUCGACAAAGAUAUUAGCCUACAAACGAGGCAACCACCGACUCAAGGUGAUGAAGACAUGGACAUUGAGCUACCUUCCGAGAAUGAUUACGGUCCAGUUCAACCCGGAGGAAUUCAUCAUAGUCUUUUCUACUUCCGAACAAGACUAGCCAUCAUUCAGGGCCAGAUAUACAGACGGCUCUUAUCUGUGAAGGCUGGGAAGCAGUCUGCUAGUGAGAGAGCGAUGGCAGCUGAAGAGCUCGAAACGACACUUCAAAUGUGGAGAACAAGCGUCCCUGUCGAACUUUUCCGUGAUUAUACUGGUCUAGCCUUGGAUGGAUCACCCUCGGAGGCCUCUCGCCAUCCACUUUACCUCCAGCUUUUAUAUUUCAAGACCUUGGCUGUCAUACAUGAAUCCCUUCCCUUCAUCCCUUGGUAUCAUGAGAUUCAAUCAUCGGAAGUAAGAAUACACAUUAUGUCAGCUAGAGUGACGUAUCCUGUGGAGGCCCGAAGUGCCUUAAAGUUAUUUAGCGUGACUCCUCGAAGAAAGCUUGCUUGUGUCUGGACUGCUCUCCACAUCUUCAUUACGGCCGCGACAACAUUGCUUGUACAUACUAUCUCUAACCCAUCAGAUCCUUGGGUGCAAGCCGAUGUUGAACUUCUUGAGCCAUUCCUGAAUUUACUAGGGAUUAUAGCAAGGAGCGGUGUAAAUGACAAGGUUCAGGAGAUGUAUCAAUCUAGCAUGGUUUUAUUUCAGCAAGCUAGGAUAGCUGUAGAACACUCUGGUCCAGGGGCAAACACGCAUCGACAUUUGGGAAGAGGAGAUCCUGGAGCAAGGGAAAGUGUAGAAGACUUCCUUGAACGAAUGGAGCACAUAAAAUCUGGAGAUAGCACGGGAAUUAGCUAG